AUGAGUCUGUGGAACCUCAAAGAUCUUUUGGUGCUUAACUUGUCAGAUAAUUCUUUGGUUGGUUCAUUGCCUCCUGAUUUCGGUAACUUGAAUCACAUAUGGUUCAUAGAUUUGUCAAGGAAUCACCUUUCAGGAAGUAUUCCCUCCACAGUUGGAGACUUGCAGAAUCUAGCUUAUCUUUCUUUGGCUUAUAAUGAGUUGCAAGGAUCUAUUCCGGAGUCACUCGGGAAACUGAUAAGUUUGGUAUAUGCGAAUCUAUCCAAUAACAUUCUUUCAGAAGGUGAAAUCCCAAGUAAAGGACCUUUUCUUAGUUUCACCUCUCAAUCUUUUAUGGGAAAUGAAGAGUUAUGCGGCGAUUUGCUUUUCCGGCCUUGUAUGACUAGGUUUUUUCAUCAGUCAAGGAGAAGCAAAUUGCUACUGAUUAUAUUUGUCCCAUUGGGAGCUUCCCUGAUGGCACUUGCCUCAAUUAUUGUGUUUAUGUUAAGGAGACGUGGGAAUAGAAAUGUUCCAACUCAAGCCGAAUCCUUACCUGCAAGAACAACACUAGCAAGGAUUUCAUACAUUGAAGUUGAAAGGGCAACGCAAGGGUUCGACCAAUGCAACUUGCUAGGCUCUGGAGGUUAUGGCUCUGUUUACAAGGGCAUCUUUCCAAAUGGGAUGGUUUGGGCAAUCAAAGUGUUUAAUUUACAGAUUGAAGGUGCAUUCAAGAGUUUUGAUUCUGAAUGCGAAGUUUUACGCAACCUUCGCCAUAGGAAUCUUACCAAAGUUAUCACCAGUUGUACUAACUUGGAUUUUAAAGCUUUACUUUUGGAGUACAUGCCCAAUGGAAGCCUGGAGCAGUGGUCACAUUCUGAUGGUUACUUCUUGAAUAUGAUCCAAAGAUUAGACAUAAUGAUCGAUGUUGCAUCUGCUUUGGAAUAUCUCCAUCAUGGUUAUGCCACAAUCGUUGUACAUAGUGACUUGAAGCCUAGCAACGUCUUGCUAGACGAAAGGCUGAUUGGACAUGUGAGUGACUUUGGCCUGGCCAAGUUAUUGGGAGAAGGGGAAUCUAUUGCUCAUACUAGAACACUUGCUACAAUGGGCUACAUUGCACCAGAGUACGGAACAGUAGGAUUAGUUUCUAGAAGAUGUUAUGUGUAUAGCUAUGGGAUAAUGGUCAUGGAGACUUUCACAAGAAAAAGGCCAUAUGAUGAAAUGUUUAAAGAAAAUUUGAGCAUGAGGAGUUGGGUCUAUAAUUCGCUACGUGCAGCACCAGAGGAGAUUAUUGAUGUCACAUUAAUGGAACCAGAAGAGAUUGAUUUCCAGAAAAAGUUGCUUUGUGUGUCCUCUAUUUUGGAGUUGGCAUUGCAUUGUACAACUGAAACUCCCAAUGAAAGAUUGAACAUGAAAGAAGUCCUGGCAAAUAUCAAGAAGAUCAAACUGGAAUUCCUUCGCAAAUGAUGUAGCAAGGUUCAUUUGAAGGUAGUGCCGCCUCUUCCUCCUGGUGUUAGCAAAUUUGGAUGACCCCAAUUGAGAUGACAACCACCAUUUGGUCCGAGAUUUGAACUUUUCUUGUGCUUUUCUCUUGUGUGCUAUUUCAAGUUUGAGUGUGUGUGUGUCAAAUAACUUUUAUAUAUAAGAUGUGUACUAAUAAAGUUGGUAUAGAAGGAUGCCUUGUGUGA